AUGGUGCUCAAGCGUGCCGACAGCUCGGCGUCACAAUGGGCCACCCCGCCCGAGCCGGCCUCGCUCGACCAUGACGAGAUCAAGCAGCAGGUGAGUCGAGGACGAACAUGUUGCAAGGAUCUUUCAGUUUCGUACAGGAGUCGGAAAAUCUCGCCGCUGACUCGUCAUCAUCCCUCACGCGAACCCGACCGAACUCGACCCCACACCUCGCACCGCGCCACAGCGACGGCUACGGCACCUAUCCGCCGUCCUCGUGCGCAAUCUCACCGUCGAGCCCAGACGAAGCCACAAUCCAACGAGCACAUCGCCUUUCCUAGGCGACGCACCCUUCGACGCGGUCGGACCUUCCUCGUCCUCGUCUUCGUCGUUGCGCGCCUCCGCCCCUGAAUCGUCUUCGGGCCCGAUUCGGCCAGCGUUCGCUUCCGAUGAUCUUGACUUGCUCGUGCGCAACAGGAGGAGACGGGCCACAAGUAAUGCCAGCUUGCGUUCAAAGACCGGACCGAGCAGAUCUUUACUCAGGGACACUCUCGUUGAGGCGGCAGAGGAAGGCGUCGGUGUCGGGUCGAGCUUGUCCCCUUCGAAACCCGAACGGACGUCCCUACGGCGCAGCAUGACCGGGGACAGGCGGAUAAGGAUCCAGGAAGAGAAUGACGAGCUAUUUGGAGCCUCCGUGUUUGACGGCGAUUCUGCGACUGCCCAAGCUUCGAAAUCCCACCUCCCCGACGAGGAACAGCUCGAGGCCGACGAUGAGGUCGACGUGGACGAGGUCGGACACACGGACUACUUUUCUCCCUCUUCUCCCUCCGAAUUCAAACGUAGAAAUCGUUCAAGCUCUAGCACUUCCAUAGCUUCGGCGGGUACGACUGGUUCGGGCUCUACAAUACGACCCCGUAGCGAGCUCGACUCGAGCGUCAGCGCGCACGCCCCUGCUCGCACAUUCUCACAUUCGGCUUCAAAUUCUCGACUACCCGAUACCCUAGCCUCCCGUACAGCAUCGCGGGGACGAACUUCUUUCUUUUCGGAUUUACAAUUGGCAAAGGAGAAGCGGCGACGGAUCGAGCUUCUUCAUCGGCGUAUGGUUGACAGCACCAUCAUGCUCUCACUCUUUCGGCCACGGGAGCAGACCGAGGAUCCCGUUGACCCAACUUUGACGAGGCGGCCGAGCACACUUCCGAGCCCGAGACCCCAUCGACCGAGACGGAGCGGGAGUACCGCCUCCAUCCCUGGCCGCAGUGCAAGCCGUGGGCUGGCCCUGCCGUCUGCCGUUGAGUCAGCUCCACCGCUCGACGUCUUGCCUCCGUUCUUCAUCGCCCAGCCGGCUCGCAAAAACCUCAAUCCGACGUUCAUAGUCGAGCCCAACGACUUUCUCGUCGAUCCCGAGACGCAAGAUUUGGACGAUUGGCCUGGGCUUCAAGAGGAGCAUGUGCUGGUGUCGCUGUGGACCAAGAGGAGCGAAGUCGGAACCGAUAUGGACAAGGGAAAGGCGAAGGAACAGAACGCGGACGCGGCCAAGGCUGAUUGGACGGUGCUUGUUGAGUGGGACGUCAGUUUGGACGGGCUUGUCAGCUUAGGGAGAGAUGUAGGUUCUCCCCACUCUCGCAGAUGUAUGCGGCAAGUCGAACAAGAACCCGUCUGACUGACAUGCGCUUUGUCUCAUAGCCCACUCAAUUCUCACAACUUCAACCCAACACCAUCAUAUUCGCCAUGGCCGACGAGUACUUCACGGCCCCCCUACCCCUUCGGACGCGAUUUCGGCCCUUCGCUUCGGACGACAAUCACUCAUCGAGCUGUUCCGAAGACGACUCGGAUGGGGCCGCGAAUUAUUCCGAUCCGGGGGCGGGUGGUGUAUCCCAUUCUUGGCGAUCGAGACGACGACGUAGGAGGGAAGAGGAAGAGGCCGAGGAGGCGAGAAGGAUGCGCAAGGUGUUGGUGGAGAGAAGUCUUCGUGAAACCAGGAUGGUCAAGGUCGCUGACGUUGAGGCUCUCCUGAGGUCGGUCAUUUUAAAUGAGGCUUUUGCGAGCGGUGAAAUGCUGAUCAAGUAAGCUUUGAUGCUCGCAGGUUCAAGCGGGUCGAACACGAACGCUGCGAGAACAAGAGGACGUUGCACGAGCAGAAACAACGACUUGGUGCAAUUUUUGGCGAUGCGGAUGGAGAGGCUGCACUGGUGCGUUGGAUGCGACAUUGAUCUGCCGACGCCGUUGAGCUAAAUGUUCCGCCUUCUUACAGUUUCGAGAGAGCGAGGAGCUGCAGGAUCAAGUUGACGACUUGGUCGCCGUUCGCGAUGACCUUCGCCUUGAUAUCGCCGAAAGUACGUCGAACAUGCGGAUUUUGCGACGACCAUUAUUACUUGCUGACGAAGAGGUACUCCCACAGUCGGGUCUGAACUUGAGCAAAGAAAGGAUGAACUGCGCCAACGAAGGAUACGGCUCGAAUCCGCUCGGUCGAUGAAUGAGGCGCGAGCAGUCGGACUCGACCAACAGAGAGCCUCGCUACGGCAGAGCGAGGGUGCUUGCGCCAAGAUCCGACGUGCGAUCGAAGCCAGACGAGCGCAACUCAUCACAUUGCUGACGCACAUGUUCCCCAUCGAGCCCGUAGCCACGGAUGGAUCCUCGUUGUUGUUCUCCAUCCUCUCUAUCCCCCUUCCGAACUCGACCUACCCGCCCAACUCAUCCGACGAUCAGCUCUCCUCUGCACUGGGAUAUGCAGCUCAAGUCGUCUCUGCUCUGGCGGCCUACAUCGGCGUACCGUUGCAUUACCCUAUCAAGUGUUUAGGCAGUCGCAGCGCCGUUAUCGAUCCAAUAAGCAUGAUGCGAGGCCCUCGCGCCUUCCCGCUCUACGGCAAAGGCGUCGACAAGUACCGGUUCGACUAUGGCGUCUUUUUGCUCAACAAGGAUAUCGAGCAACUCAUGUACUCGCAAGGUCUGACCGUGAUCGACUUGCGAAAUACGUUACCCAACCUCAAGGCUUUGGUACUGGCGCUCUCUUUUGCUUCGGCACAGGCGUAAGUCCAUGCUAGAGCAAUCGUUGGAGGAAUUGGGGAGCUGACAGAAGGAUAUGUUUGGUAUCGCAGUGAAUUUGCCUCGCUGAGCUUACACCCUCCAGCUCGCUUCCCCAACCUGUCGGCGUCCUCGACCGAUCCCGAACAAGAUCUGACGAAUGAGCUCGAGGAAGCGAGCCUUUCACGACCGACCGUCGCUCGCGAGGCACCACACGCGACAUUGACGAACGGUGAUGGAGAUACCGUGCCAUGUUCAUCGAAUGCAAGUGAACGCGCAAGUGAAAGUAGUGAUUCGGAUAUUGAAGCAGACUCUCGAUCGGUCGAUACGAUGCGAACCGCGACAGCUUCUAAACCGCAGUCGACUCCAACCUCAUCCAGCAAGAUCGAAGCGACCAAACCGAUCACAGCACAGGAGAAGCAGACAACCCGGACCCUUGAACGCACACCGACUUGUAUUGCUUCGAACGGAGCGACCACGACGGCGGGCUCGAAUGGGAAGGUCAAAGCGACGGUCAAGGCUAAGGAAGGGUCUUCGGCGACCAAGGCUUUGAGGAAUAGUCUGUGGACGGCGGUCGGGUAUGGGUCGCAUGCUUAG